CAGCAGCAGCAGCAGGAAGCCACGACAGAAACAGAAGGCUGGGUGUCCCUGGUUUCCUCUCCGUCUUCGAUGGUGAGCUCAAAACCAGUGGGCACACCGCACACACUCCACUCCACGCGUGAGUUCGAUCCUUCCUUCCUAUAAGUAUCUGACCAAACUCACCUGCUGCGUGCCACCAAUUCCAUCCACAUCCAGCACUCCCAUUCGUUCGUUCAUCUUUACAAUAAAUCAUCAUCAAGCACCACCAAAUCCAAAACACGACUCCUUGUCAUCGGCAGGCAGGCAGAUCAUCGAUGGAACCAAAGAUGGAGAGGAUGAGCUCGUCGGUGCAGUCCUGGGUGGAGGAGCACAAGCUCGCAAGCAUCGGAGGCGUGUGGGCUGCGGCGGUGGGCGCGUCGGUGGCGUACAGCCGGCGGAGGGCGCCGCAGCGGGCGACGAGCCUGCGUCUCAUCCACGCCAGGAUGCACGCCCAGGCCCUCACCCUCGCCGUGCUCGGGGGAGCAGCCGUCAUGCACUACUACAGCAAGAGCAAGAGCAGCGCCGACAAGAUGGAUCUCGACUUCUACUCGCAUCUGCCGCCGGCAACCGACGCCGACGGCAACGAGAACGAGCGAUGGAGCUGGUAAACUCGCUUGCAGACGAUCCAUGGAGAAGAAGCAAUGGGGGGAACUCAAUAAACUACUAGUAGUUGCAGCAAUAAUUGGGGGAGGCGUGCAUGACGUGGCGGGUUUGUCCUAAUCCAUCCAGCUAAGACGCCCAUGGUUUCGUUUACUUUACAUUAUCCAUCCACGUCAUGGCCGGCUGGAACAUUUCUGUUUGGCCGGAGCCGGAGACGACAAGACGACUCGAUCGAGGAGUAGAGAUGUCUGUAUGUAUGGGCAGCUGGGUAUGUAUGUGUGUAGCGUGGCAUUUCUCUUUCCAUGGUUGAAGCUGAAGCAAUUCAAGAAGCUGCUGCCUUCUUCCUCUGUACUACCAUCUGAUCCAUCGAAUCGAAUGGUGAGUGAUGAUGACGACGACAAUGAUUUUUUUUCCUUUCUUAAAGAAAAUGGUGAAUGUGAUCGA